GUGUAUUUGAAUGCCACAUUCACAACUUUAUUAUUUUAUUCAUCAUUCCAGUUGGAUAUUUAUUAAACUUGAGAUUCUUUUUUUUUCUCAUUUUACUAAAUAGAAUUUCUUCAGUUUUCUCUUCUUUAUUGGUCUUGUUGGAAUCGUUUUGUAUUUUUUUGUCAUUUGUGAUUUUAUAACCACAUGUUUUCCAAUUUUUGUAAACAUUGGUGUUAUUGUUCAAAUUGAAAAUGGUUUUAGCUGAUUUAGGAAGAAAAAUAACGACGGCCUUACGGUCGCUCGGUAAUGCAACAAUAAUUAAUCAAGAAGUAUUGGAUGGACUACUCAAAGAAAUUUGUACGGCAUUAAUUGAAUCCGAUGUGAAUAUUAUGCUUGUAAAAAAAUUACGUGAAAAUGUUCGUCGUGUUAUUGAUUUCGAUGAAAUGGCAGCCGGCCUAAAUAAACGACGAAUGAUUAUGCGUGCCGUAUUUCAAGAAUUAUGUAAAUUAUUAGAUCCAGAAGUUAAAGCAUGGCAACCUGUGAAAGGAAAAACAAAUGUUAUCAUGUUUGUCGGUCUACAGGGUAUCGGUAAAACGACCACCUGUACAAAGAUGGCCUAUUAUUAUUUGAAAAAAGGAUGGAAAUGUGCAUUAGUUUGUGCUGAUACAUUCCGUGCUGGUGCCUUUGAUCAAUUAAAACAGAAUGCAACGAAAGCUCGAAUACCAUUCUAUGGUUCAUAUACGGAAUCUGAUCCGGUCGUAAUUGCAUCCGAAGGUGUGGAAAAAUUUACGAAUGAAAAUUUUGAAAUUGUUAUUGUUGAUACAAGUGGUCGACAUAAGCAGGAAAGCUCAUUAUUUGAAGAAAUGUUAGCCAUUCAGGCGGCUAUUCAACCGAAUUUGGUCAUCUACGUCAUGGAUGCAUCGAUUGGUCAAGCUUGUGAGGCACAGGCUCUAGCAUUUAAAUCGAAAGUUGAUGUUGGAGCGAUUAUCGUAACAAAAUUGGAUGGCCAUGCAAAAGGUGGUGGUGCAUUGAGUGCUGUGGCUGCAACUAAAUCGCCCAUAAUAUUCAUCGGUACCGGUGAACAUAUCGAUGAAUUUGAACCGUUCAAAGUAAGGCCUUUCAUAUCGAAACUAUUGGGCAUGGGUGAUAUUGAAGGUCUUAUAGAUAAAGUGAGUGAAUUGAAACUUGAUGAUAAUGAAGAAUUGAUCGAAAAACUAAAACAUGGAGAAUUCACCAUAAGGGAUAUGUAUGAACAAUUGACUAACAUAAUGAAAAUGGGCCCAUUCAAUCAGAUUCUUAAUAUGAUACCUGGAUUUGGUGCUGAAUUGGCUAAAUGUGCAUCCGAAGCUGAAUCAAUGUCACGAUUGAAACGUAUGAUGACCAUUAUGGAUUCGAUGAGUGAUUCAGAAUUAGAUUCAAGAGAAGGGGCCAAAUUAUUCUCAAAACAGCCAACUCGAAUUAUUCGUGUUGCACGUGGUGCUGGUGUUACACAACGUGAAGUACAAGAAUUAUUAUCACAAUAUACUAAAUUUGCUGCCGUGGUCAAAAAGAUGGGCGGUAUAAAAGGUUUAUUCAAAAGUGGUGAUCUAGCCAAAAAUGUCAAUCCAGCUCAGAUGGCCAAACUUAAUCAACAGAUGGCCAAAAUGAUUGAUCCUAGAGUUUUACAGCAAAUGGGCGGCAUGUCCGGCCUACAGAAUAUGAUUCGACAAUUGCACACGACAUCUCAUGUUCCGGGUGGAUUUAAGUAAAUGAUAAAAAAUUGAUUCUUUCUAUUGUGUAUAAUAUGAAAAAAAUUGU